CCCUUUAUAAAAGGGCAUAACAGAGCUGCUCACUCAGAGAUGCAAUCAGCCCGAGCAGGAACGCGCAGCACUACAAAGCCACAGCUUAAAAACACAAUCUGGAUGAAGUCUUUCAAACUGGAGAUGAAGAAAAUUACGAAAUUAACGGUAAAGACCAAAGGUUGGAGGAGCAACAGCAGGAAACCUUUAAUAGAGGAAAACAACAAUGGCACACAAAAUGGACACGACCAGGCAGGUACCGGGUAUGACAACCCCUCUACUCACAACAAUCUGAACACCGACGAGGAACAACGUCUGCAGGGCGAGCAACAGAGCGAGCAACAGAGCGAGCAACAGAGCGAGGACCAGAUCACACCUCAGGAACAGGAAAGAUAUGAGUACGAGCACUUCCCAAAGCUACCGGCUGAUGUGGAGCAGAACCUCUAUCCGCACCUGUUAAAGGUGCAGGAAACUGUGCAUAACAGGCUUGUGAGGCUGGGCCCCCUGUUGCAGUCUACGGAGUUGAUUGAACGCUACCAUCGUCAGACAUUUGAUCACCUCGAUGAUCUUCUCCAGAACGUCAGCUCCCCCCAGAACUCCCUGAUGCUGAUGAAGUGGGUCCUACAUACGUAUCUGAGUCAGGAGCUGCUUGGCAGUCCUCUCUUUCAGAAAAUGGAUCCCAUUAAAAAAGUCGACCUGCUGCUGUUAACGGAGUGGACAGCAAGGGCAGAGGAUAAACUGAUUCAAAAUGUGCAGAAGGAGGUCAGACGGUACCUGGAGAACAUCCUGCAGUAUGAGAAAAGCAAAGAAGCUCACAAUGAACUUUACGUGGACACUAUUCAGUGCAUUGCUGCCAUGCCCGAAGAAGCACACAAAAUCAGCACAAAGCUGUCUCAUCAUGUGCAGGAAGUCUGUUUCCAAGAGCUGCUGGUGUUUCUGAGGAGUUACAGCGCCAAGCAGACUAAGAUUCUUGAAAAAGAAGCAGAAAUGGGCAAACCAGAAAUGAAACACUUCUUCACGACGUUGAACAACUGUAAAGAACUCAAGCAGCACGUCCAGACCAAAGCUAACGACAUCAUGACUGUGAAAAUGCUUGAAAACCUGAAGGCUUUUACUUUGAAACUUCUGAUGGAAAUCGUGGCUGACAUUGCAGAGAGACACCUGAAGAAAUACUUCAAAUCCGAGAACAACGAGUUCUACCUCCUGAUCGACGCGGUACAGUGUCAUUUCUCCGAGCUGUUGGGCUUUCCGGGUAUACAAAAGGGAGUGAUGGACGACACCUACAAGCUCAUCGCUCACAUUUACCUCAAACAUCUCAUUGAAAUCAGCCUGAAAAAACUGAAGAGGAACUGGAGUCAUGAUGAUGUUGGACAAAAAGUGGCCAAAGAUGCUGAGCUGCUGCACGACACCAUCUCAGACCUGGCUCCUGAUGUCCAACAGUGCAACCUCAUGCUGCUGAAAGUCAAAGAGCUGUUGGACUGCAAAUGCCCCGAGGCGACGAAGAUGACGGUUGCAGGCAUGCAGCAGGAAUGUUACACAUACAGUCUCAGCGAGGACCUGGAGCUCCUGCCUGCUCUGCUGCGAUGGAAGGGUCUCCCCAGAUGGCAGAUUAGGGAUGUGCAGAGUGUCCUGGAGGACGUCCCUGGCUAUCAAGUCAAAACCAGAUCUGCAUCUUGGUGCUGCUGUAUAUCUGGUGAAGACUGAGCUGCUCUACAAGAGGAUCGACCGCAACAAGCAAAGAGGACCGAGCUGAUUGUUCAAAACACUCAGGAGUCGUGAGCUUUUUCGGAUCCCUUGAAUCCUGUUAAAGUCCACUCCGUUACUGCUGUCACUUCUCAGAUCUAAUCUAAAGAUAGAGACGCAGACGUGUUACAGAAGUCUGUGUACAAGUAGCUGCCUAUGAGUAUGUCACCGAUUUCUUUUCAACUGUAAAUAUUUAUUAUGGUUGAGGGAUGUUUGCACACCGUUAACAGUAAAAUUAUUUUGUGCAAAAAGACUGCACAGUAAGUGGUACGUAUUUCCGACCUGCCAACCUGCGUAUCAGUUAUGCAUUUUGACAUCUAAGUACGCUGGUACAAUUUGUCAGUCUAAAGUACGAAAACAAAAAGUUGACUAAUUGUGCAGUACUCAAGUCUAACAGCAAGAGGCAGCAGCAAUACGCCAACGAGCGUCUAGACUGACGAAAAACAGUGACCAAUCAUAGCGCAGGAUUUGUUCCCCUUGCCUUCAUCCAUACAAGCGGUGAUGAUUGACGAAUGCGUAGUCAUUUCAACAGAGACGAUAGCUAGGAUCCGCAAAGUGACAGCAACACUCUUGACUUUGAUGUUAUCCCUUAAUUGAGAUUGUGAAUUGAGUUAGCGUUAGCCGAACAUUACGUAUGUACAGUACCUGCAUAGGGCUGUCAAUCGAUUCAAAUAGUUAAUCGGGAUUAAUCGCACAUUUUGUAUCUGUUCAAAAUGAACUUUGAAAAUGGCCAUGACCGUUUUUCCUCGCCAAAAUUUAGCAUAAG